UGACAACGCGUCUAACCUGCAAAAAUUUUGCAUUUAUACCAAAACAAAGUCGAUUUUAAUCAUUUUCCAAUAUGUUAUUCCUGUAUAUACUGAGUAUUAUUUCUCUUGCGGUCCAGGCGAUUUUCGUGACGCUUGCAAUAGCGGCGGGCAUGUACUAUUUAGCGGAGCUGGUAGAGGAAUACUCAGUAAUGGCUAAAUACGUCAUUUCUUGGGCAGUGGCUCUGACAUCUGUCAUCCACUUGGGGCUGAUACUCUUCGAAGACUUACCGCUGUACCUGAACGCGCUAGGGCUCUUCCAACAGUUGCUACACACAGUCUUGCUCAGAGAGUUCCCGGUAGUACGAGUCACGAGCCUGGCUUUUGUCGCUGCAGUGUCUUCCUUGGUGUUACACCACUACUUAGCCUUGAAGUACUUUGGAUCGGUGUAUUAUAACUAUUCUGAGGUGCUAGCAUACUUCACUUUGUGCCUGUGGAUCGUUCCGUUUGCGCUGUUUAUAUCGCUGUCGGCCAACGACUACGUACUGCCUACCACGGACGAGCGACAGCCGUUACUCCUAGGUGACAACAACGUGGUGACAGACUACCUCUCCCGAAAAUCGAAGAGAUACAGUCUCCUCUCUUUCUUCAGUUUCGCCAAGGAGUCUAUCCUUCCUCAGAGAAGCAAGAAAGCCUUCUGAAUGGUGCGUCUACUUAUAAAAAACAUUUGAACAUUGUGAGCUGUAUUUAGGGUUGCCAGGUCCUAAAACACAAAAGCCGGACUUUGUGCUCAUUUGACCGGACAUUUUACC